CGUUUCUUAGCCCGACGCCUCUUUGCUUGUAUUUGCUUGACAUUCGGAUAUCCUAAUCAUGGAUCACGAAACACCUGCAGCUGAAUUCCACGCAACUGCUGUUGCACCUCGUACCAAGGAGCACAAGGACAUGGCUGGUGGUAUCGAACCAUUUAAGCCCGAAUACCCCCACGAGGACCUAGGAGAAAUCGCAAGCCUCAGCCCCGAUGGCGAAGAGCCUACCGAAGAAGAAAGACGCACACUACGAAAGGUUUCCGAUAAGCUUCCCUGGGCUGCCUUUAUCAUCUGUAUCAUCGAACUCUGCGAACGCUUUACCUACUACGGUCUAUCUGGUCCCUUCCAAAACUACAUCGAGAAUAGCUACGGGGGCAGAGUACCUGGAGCUAUAGGCCUAGGACAGACAGGAGCUACCGGCUUAACAGACUUUUUUCAAUUUUGGUGCUAUGUCACACCCAUUGCUGGUGCCGUCGUUAGUGACCAGUACCUUGGAAAGUACUGGACUAUCUUCUACUCGGCCCUCAUCUAUAUCCUAGGCAACCUGAUUCUGUUCCUGACAUCGCUCCCUGUCGCCAUUGAGAACGGCGCUUCUUUGGGUGGCCUCAUUACCGCCAUGAUCAUCAUCGGACUUGGUACUGGUGGUAUUAAGUCUAAUGUCUCGCCAUUGAUUGCCGAACAAUACCAAAAUACCAGCCAGUUUGUCAAGACGCUGAAAUCCGGAGAGCGAGUGAUUGUCGACCCUGGAAAGACAAUCCAGAGAAUCUACUCGAUCUUUUACAUGAUGAUCAAUGUCGGUUCUCUAUCGUCUAUUGCCACUACUGAGCUCGAGGCCAACAUUGGAUUCUGGCCUGCUUAUUUGCUCCCCUUCUUGAUGUUCUUGGUCGGAUUCGCUGUUCUUGUUGCUGGAAAAUCCAAGUACAAGGUCCGUGCACCAGCUGGAUCAGUCAUCCCUAAUGCUUGCAAGAUCGCGUGGAUUACCUUGAUGAACAAGGGCAACUGGAACGCCGCCAAACCUGAGUACCAGGAGGAGUUCGUUGGUGGCAAAAAGUACAACUUGAAGUGGGAUGGCAUCUUUGUCGAAGAAGUCAGGCGCGCUCUUGUUGCCUGCAAGGUGUUCUGCUUUUUCCCUAUCUACUGGGUUGUUUACUCACAGAUGCUUAACAACUUCAUCUCUCAAGCUGGACAGAUGCAACUGCAUGGUAUCCCUAACGAUCUGAUGCAGAAUUGGGAUCCCAUCACCAUCAUCAUCUUCAUCCCCAUUAUCGACUACUUGUUCUACCCUGCUCUUGGUAAACUCGGAUUCCAGAUGAAGCCUAUCACUCGUAUCACCCUAGGCUUCAUGUUCGGCGCCGGUGCUAUGGCCUACGCUGCUGGUGUGCAGAAGCUUAUCUACAAGACUGGACCCUGUUACGACGCCCCCGGAGCUUGCGAAGCUGGCCUGUUGCCCGAUGGAACCUACGCCCCUAACAACGUCCAUGUCGCCAUUCAGGCUCCCGCCUACCUCUUGAUUGGUCUCUCGGAGAUCUUCGCCUCUAUCACUGGUCUAGAAUACGCCUUUACUAAGGCACCUGCUUCCAUGAAAUCGUUCAUUAUGAGUCUUUUCCUCCUUACCAGCGCAUUUGGUUCCGCCCUCGGAAUCGCGCUUUCACCCACCGCAGUCGACCCUAAGCUCCUCUGGAUGUACGUCGGUCUCUGCAUUGCCUGCUUCGUCGCCGGUGUCCUUUUCUGGGUCAUCUACAGCAAGUACAACGACACGGAAGAGGAAAUGAACGAGCUCGAAAAGUACACUGCCAAGCCCAAGUCGGUUGAACAAGCCGACGAGGAAAAGGCAGCUGCUGCAGAAGCUCCUGCCCGUGAGAAGUCCGUUUCUGAAUAGAGCGAUUGAAAUCGAUUUUGUAUUAGUAGUUUAUGUGCACGGAGAAACGGAUUAUGUAUAUAUAGCCACGUCAAUGAAGAAUCCAUCUUACUGUG